AUCAGGUAGACGAAGAGUAGCACCGCUCUGUGCCGCAGAGACUUAGAUAUAAAGUAUUGCCAGUGUUUGCAAAGUCCAAUCUUCUCUAGAAUGUGUCUUGGUGUGUUGAACAAGGAACAGCCUAUUGCAUAAGCCCCUUUCUAAGUCGAACAACACGUCGUCGUCCUCCUUAAAACCAAUAUCAGCCUUGUCCAGAGCAAUAAUCCCCCUACACUCCCCCGCCACCUCAUCACCAUGGCAACUCCCACCUUAUCACCAUCCAUCCCCCCAACCCACCCAGCCGUAGUAAUCACCGCCGCCAGGGCCCCCUUAUCCACCAUCUCCGUCCCCACCGAGGCCCCCGGGCCAGGCGAGGUACUGAUCCACGUCCUCUGGACAUCCUCCACACCCUUCGACUUACACCAGUCCGACGGCGGCCUCGGUAUCAUCCCGCCCCACCUCGCGGGCGGCAGCUUCGGCGGCACCGUGGCGCAGCUGGGCGAGGGGGCCGCCGCCGGGGCCCGACUCACCGUCGGCGACGUCGUCUUCGGCUUCGACUUCCGCCUCCCGCGCGCGCGCGCCCACCAGACCUACCUGACCACGGACGCGUACAUGGUCUCGAGGCUGCCGGCGGGCCUGACGCUGCCCGAGGCCGUCGCCGUGCCCGCCAACCUCGUCACCGCCUUCCACGUCACCACUGCCGACCUCGGUCUUGCGCUGCCGUGGCCGCGGCCGGCGGACUUCAAUGCCGGCGGCGACGGCGGGCCGACCAUCCUCGUCUGGGGCGCCGCGGGCAGCGUGGGCAACUACACGCUGCAGGUGCUCCGGCACUGGGGGUACAGGAACCUCCUCGCCGUGGCGGCGGGGAAGCACCACGCGCACCUGCGCGGCCUGGGCGCCAGGGAGUGCUUCGACUACACGCGCGGGGAUGUCGCGGCCGAGGUGCUGGGGUACGCCGGCCGGGCGGGCGGCGGCGCCGAUGGCCGGCCGAGGAUCCCGUACAUCAUCGACUGCAUCGGCUCGCUGGAGGGCACCGUCAGGCCCAUCAGCAGGGUUGCCGAGCCGGGCGCCACGGUGGCGGUGAUGCUGCCUGUCAUUAAGAGGCAUACCACCGAGGAUGUUGCGCCCGAGUUUGAGAUGGACGUCUCGAAGGUCUUGCCCGGCGAGUGGAAGGAAGGAGUCGAAUUGAAGGGGACGAGGGCAUUCCUCUACCUACAGAAUGAGUUGUUUAAGGAACAUUUGCAGGCGGACAUCAUUCCGGCCUUGUUAGAGCAAGGAGUGAUCAAGCCCAACAAGUUAAAGGUUGUCGAGGGCAAGACCCUUCUGGAGCGAGCAGAAGGCGCACGGAAGCUGCUCAGGAAUCAAGCGCCAAGUGGAGAGAAACUUGUCUGGAGAGUUGCGGAUGAGUAACCGGCAACACAGGGCAGGGGAAGGUGACGAUGCAGGAGAGAACGAGCCCAGACCUGGCCGAAGACGGUCCACGUUCUAUCCAGGGAUUGUGAAUUGCACCUGGGUAGGUAGGGAGAAUCCGUUGCCACUGAGCAAUCUGAAUGGUGGCAUAACUCCAUCGCUAGUCGGUAAUGUCGAAACCGAGAUCGAGAUUGUGUGAACAUAGGUACCAGCGUACACGGAGUUCCAUCAAGCUUACCCGUUGCAAAUUGGGAAUACCUUACUUUAGCCUCUAACCGGGAUGCGGAGUAGGUUUAACCGACACCCAGGGGAGCACUGGAAAC